AUAUGGCGGCAAUGGGGCAUCGAGCGUUCUUGCUACUAUUUGCGAUGUUCUCUUGUGUUUUACUUACAUCUGGCGCUUCUUACAAGGAUAAUGAACGGGUCGCGAUGUUUGUCAAUAAAGUGGGACCUUAUUUCAAUCCCCAAGAGACUUACCACUACUACUCAUUGCCRGUUUGCAGACCAGACAAGGUCGAACACCGCAGCCUAACGCUUGGGGAAGUUCUUAAAGGUGACCGGAUGGCCGUGGCCAUGUAUGAAAUUCGAUUUAAAGAGAACAUUGAAAAACGACUGCUGUGUGAUGUCUCUUUGAACCGAGAAGACCUGGAUAUGAUUCGUUCAGCCAUUGAAGAUCUUUACUACUUUGAAUUUGUUUUUGAUGAUCUCCCCAUWCGUGGGUUCAUUGGUCACCUUGAAGAAGGACAGAUUUUGCCACAUCGUCACAAGAUCUAUUUAUGGACCCACUUGCAUUUUAAUAUUUUAUACAAUGGUGAUCAGGUCAUAUCUGCUAAUGUUACAACCAGCGGCAAUGAACCUGUCAGUCUUGAUGAUGUUGAAGUGCCUUUCAAGGUCCAACAUACAUACAGUGUGUCGUGGAAGUCAACAAGUUUUAAGUACUCGCAGAGAAACAAGCUUCAUGGAGGACGAUUUUUCCAAAAAAAUUUAGAGAUCCACUGGCUGUCAAUCAUCAACUCUGUGGUUCUUGUCUUUCURCUUCUUGGAUUCAUCAUUAUUAUCAUGAUGAGGAUUCUCAGGAACGAUUUUGCUAAGUAUAACUUGCGUGAUGAUGAAGAAAUUGAAGACUUAGAUUCAGAUGAUUGUGGAUGGAAGAUUAUCCAUACAGAUGUGUUUAGAUUUCCACCUUACAAAGGCACUCUUUGUGCAAUUCUUGGUGUGGGUUCACAAUUUCUUGCUCUCUGCUUUGGAAUUAUUUUCAUGGCAAUUUUUGGAAUGUUCAAUGUUCACAGACAYGGAUCAAUGAACACUGCUGCUGUGCUGUUGUAUGCUCUCACUUGUUGUAUUUCUGGGUUUGUGGCAAGUUCGUUCUACAGGAAAAUCGGUGGUACAAAAUGGGUCUGGAUCAUCAUACUAACUGCAAGCUUAUUCUCAGUUCCUUUCUUUUUAAUCUGGAGUCUUGCAAAUUCAAUUGCGUGGAGUUAUCAUUCAACCCAAGCUCUUCCCUACACUACUAUAAUACUGCUGAUGUUAAUAUGGAUUAUAGUUGGUUUUCCACUAACAGUAAUUGGGGGAAUCUUUGGGAAGAAUUGGGCCACUAGUUUUGAUGCUCCUUGUAGAACAAAGAAUAUCCCUCGUGAAAUCCCUCCUGUUGUCUGGUAUCGUCAGCCGUUAACUCACAUGGCAGUUGGAGGAUUUCUUCCAUUCAGUGCAAUCUCUGUUGAGCURUACUACAUCUUCACAACACUGUGGGGUCGYGARCAGUACACUCUUUAYGGCAUCUUGCUGAUAGUGUUCAUCAUACUGCUCAGUGUGACAGCAUGUAUUUCUAUUGCUUUGACAUACUUUCAAUUGUCUGCUGAGGACUACCGUUGGUGGUGGAGGUCUAUUUUUAGUGCAGGGUCAUGUGGCUUCUUUGUAUUUGGUUAUGCUAUUUUCUACUACUUCAAGCGAUCUAACAUGUCAGGAUUUCUGCAGACAUUUCAAUUUUUUGGUUACACUAUUCUUGCUUGCUAUGUUUUCUUUCUUAUGCUAGGCACCGUGUCUUUUUUUGCUUCAUUGAGGUUUAUAAGAUAUAUCUACAUUAACUUAAAAAUGGACUAAUAACACACACUAAGAUAUAAUAACUAUAAUAAUCAUCAUAGCUUUUAAGAUGCCAAAAUCCACAUUUGAAAUCUCCUAUCAGUUGCCAAAAUACUGUAGAUGUAUUUUUAACAUUGUUUAAAUAGGAAAUUGUAGUGUACCUUUGAAGAGAAUUAGUCUUAAAGUGUCAUUUGGUAUCUGUGUGGAUGGAACCUUUCAAUUGCAUGCAUGUAGCCUCUGAAAUGUCCAUUUCCUAGCUACUGUAUUAGCAUGAAUAAGCACUUAUGUGUAUUAACUAACAAUAGUAUUUAUUUUAAGUAGAAUGAAAUAGAACAAAACACCAACUUGAAGCUAUAAUAACUCUGUUUUAAUGGACGUUUCGGCACUUCGGCCUUCUGUAUACAAUUUUCUGUUGUUUAUGUCUCGGUUUUUGUUUCAAGGGUUUAUAGCUUGCUCUGCAUUCAACUGUUGAGGCUCCUCAGAUUUUCCUACUUGGGCUUCCUUUGCAACAAGGUCUCUGCUUUCCAGGGCCAUUCUACUCAUCUUUUACACAGGUAACCCAMGAACAGAGAGAAUCACAGUUAUGCAGAGGAGGCGUAUUUUGUAAUAGACAGUGUUUAGAAUACAUAAAAGUGUAGUGYUUCACAGAGAAUAUCAAAAAUAACUUAAAUAAAUAUGAGGUAGAGUGUUGCAAUGUAAAAUUAAAGUCUAUUGAUAUUUGAAUACUAUAUAUAUGAAUACUAACAGUGUAACAAUACAUCUGUCCUAAUAUCAGAAAACUACUGUUUGUAGAGUUUAGUAAAAGUAUGUAUCAAAAAGAUGGGGUCAUUGUUCAAA